AUGGCAAAGUGGACAGUCGGGAUUCUGGCAAUGCAGUGCCUCACUGCCUCUGCUUUCUUGACAAGCGCACCAAGAACAACCGCAGCCUUGGCACGAAGAUCCUUUCGGACAUCAUCUGCCUUGGGGGCGACUCAAUAUCUUCUCCACUAUGAUUACAUUCCGGAUGUGCUCGAAAAACGGGGCCCUUAUCGAGAGGGACAUUUGGACCUGGCCAAGAAACUCAUUGCGGAGGGAACAUGCUUGAGUGGUGGACCCACGGGCGAACCAGGCAUGGAGGUGCCUUCCGGAGCCCUCUUUAUUUUCACAGAUUUGGAGGCGGCCCAACUGUUUGUCAAGGAAGACCCAUACACUCAAAAUGGCAUUGUGACAGGACACAGCAUCAAGGAAUGGAAUGUUGUGGUUCAAAAGGAAUGA